AUGGCAUUUUUUGGAAUUUCUCGAGUUCGAUUGUCAGCGGCUGUUGGUGUUGGUGUCAGCGCAGCCGCACUUGCCGUCAUCUUUGCAAGGAGAAGUGAAGUGGACGCGCGCACAGGAAUCAAGCUCGCGUACGAGAAGUUUUCAUCGAUGGCUGAUUACCCAGACUUGCGACACCACAACAACGUAAUGGCGAAGCAUCUUACGCCUCGAGUGUACUCGAAACUGCGGGACAAGUCCACAGCUUCGGGAUUCACCCUUGAUCAGGCCAUCCAAACUGGGGUGGAUAACCCGGGCCAUCCUUUCAUCUCGACCGUGGGUAUUGUGGCUGGUGAUGAGGAAUCCUACGACACAUUCGCUGAUCUAUUUGAUCCCAUCAUCGAGGAGAGACAUGGUGGAUUUAAGAAGAGCGACAAACACAAGACUGACUUGAACCCAAACAAGAUAAAAGGAGGAAAGUUCGACGAAAAGUAUGUUCUCUCAUCACGUGUACGCACUGGCCGUUCCAUCCGUGGGUUCAGUCUUCCACCUCAUUGUACACGCGCAGAACGACGAGAGGUAGAGAAGGUUGUCAGUGAUGCAUUAGACGGGCUUGCAGGCGACCUAACCGGCCGUUAUUACCCGCUGAACGGUAUGACCGAACAAGAACAACAACAACUUAUUGACGACCAUUUCCUCUUUGACAAACCCGUCUCGCCGCUCCUCACCUGUGCGGGCAUGGCGCGGGACUGGCCCGAUGCCCGCGGGAUCUGGCAUAACAAUAACAAGAACUUCCUUGUAUGGGUGAACGAGGAAGAUCACACGAGACUCAUUUCUAUGCAAAAGGGCGGAGACAUGCGCUCGGUGUUCGAGAGGUUCUGCCGCGGUCUGAAUGAAGUCGAACGCUUGAUCAAGCAAAAGAACUACGAAUACAUGUGGAACCAACACCUGGGGUAUAUCCUGACUUGCCCCAGUAACCUCGGUACAGGGCUGAGGGCUGGUGUUCAUGUCAAACUACCAAACCUCGCCAAGGAAAAACGUCUGGAUAUAAUUCUGGAUAAACUGCGGCUUCAGAAGAGAGGAACAGGAGGAGUAGACACUGCAGCUGUUGGCGGAACCUAUGACAUCUCAAAUUCCGAUCGUCUUGGUUUCUCUGAGGUCGAGUUGGUCCAAAAAGUAAUCGAUGGCGUGUCACUGUUGAUCGACAUGGAAAAACGAUUGGAGAAAGGAAAAAGUAUCGAGGAUCUUAUUCCAAAGUAGAUGGAAAGUUCUUCAGCAUCUGCCUAGAUUCUUAAAAAAACACUACUUUUUUAAUUCAACGCUUCAAAAGUGUUAUG